AUGCGAGGGCUACCGGGUCCCGUGCGAGCCCGGCUAAAGACGUUAGCACCAACUACGAUGAUUCGCUUUGCAAACUGGAACAUUAGCACGCUUAGGGGACGCUCCACAGAACUUGCGGCCACACUUGCCAGGCGUAAAGUGGCAGUGGCGUUCCUGCAGGAGACACGGUGGAAGGCCAACAGGAGCCGGAAUAUUGGGCACGGCUACAAGCUCAUCUAUACAGGCUCUUCUGGUGGGGAGAACGGUGUGGCAGUUGUGCUCGCUGAGCAUUUCCACGAUAGCGUCUUGCAAGUUAGAUGCAUAUGCGACCGACUUAUGGUAGUAAGGUUGCUUGUUGAGGGGGUCGUGACCCACUUAAUAAGUGCCUACGCCCCACAGGUCGGCUGCAGCGACGCGGAUAAGUCGCUGUUUUGA